GAAGGGCGAAGACGGCGUGUAAAUUGUUUAUUUUUGUAAAUUUCAUUAAUUUAUACUAAAUUCCCACACCAUGGCUGGUGUUUUAUUUGAAGAUAUAUUUAAUGUUAAGGAUAUGGACCCCGAAGGCAAGAAAUUCGAUCGAGUUAGCCGGCUACACUGUGAAUCAGAAUCCUUCAAAAUGGAUCUUAUUUUGGACAUCAAUUCUUGGAUCUAUCCCAUGGAAUUGGGGGAUAAGUUUAGAUUAGUAUUAGCUACAACGUUAAGAGAAAACGGUUAUCCCGACGGUGGAGAAUGGAAUCCUCUAGAAACCGAGGGAAACCGAGCUGACAGUUUCGAAUAUGUUAUGUACGGAAAGGUUUAUAGGAUAGACGGCGACGAAGCUGGAAUGGAGCCGGCCACAAGAUUAUCCGCAUAUGUCUCAUUCGGAGGACUCUUGAUGAGGUUACAGGGAGACGCCAACAAUUUACACGGUUUUGAAGUUGACCAGCAUAUGUAUUUAUUAAUGAAGAAACUAGCUUUUUAAAAUGUUCUAAAGUGAUCCUUCUGUUAUCAUGGGCGCCAAGAUUUGCUAUAAACUCCCAAGUAUUUGAAUGU